GCUUGCUUGAACAGAAAUGAGGCACUUCGUCGAGGAUGAAACCAAGCUGUUGCCCAGCUCCCUGAAGGACUUUCAGGAGAGACGCCAUUUCCGUAUCGCGGUGGGUCCCUUCCUGGCCCUCGGCCUUUUGCAGGUGCCCCUCUGCAUGGCGUACAACCUGCUGAUGGCCAUUUGCACGGAUUUCGAGUCGACUACGUAUACGUCCUGCCAUGCCUUCAACUUCUUUCCCACCACUUCGGCGGCUGCCAAGUCGCAGCACACGAUUUGGACCUUGGCUUGCUGGCUGGAGUUCCCCUUCCUCAUAGCAAGUGCCUGGCUGCAGUUCCGCUUCAAUCGGAGGACUCUGCCCAAGCCCGUCCGGAGUUUCGGUUGCCUGAUGGCCAUCUUCUUGGCGGUGAACAGCACCAGCAUGCUGCUGUGGGGCACCUUUGCUCAGGCGGAUGGCGACUCUUGGCUGCACAUAGGCAUCGCUUUGUCCCUGUUCGUGUCCUGUGCCGUCUACAUGGGCGGAUCCUUUGUGUGCGCCAAGUACUAUAUGCGCGACCGGAACAGGCAGCUGCAGGAGGAGCUCUCCUUCCGCUUGAAGAGUGGUCUGGUGCUCACCUACUAUGUGGCCGUGGUGGUCAUGUGGUUCUUUUACUACGUCCACCAGAAGUUUUGCCUUCCUUUGGCCUACUCUAUAUUCGGCAUGGGUGAGUUCAUCUCCUGUGAGUGCUUCUGCAUUUAUCUGUGCCUGGCCUACUUUGACUUCUACCACGUCUACAUAUGCUACGAUCAGCGAUUGGGAUUCUUUCUCAGCGAGAUCUAAACAGCUCUUGAU